CGACGCUGAGCGGAGCGUCGGGUCAGUGAGGCUCGGGCCAGCCAGGAGAGAGCGGCUUUGUCUCGUCUCCUCGUCGGCUCCUCACAGCGCUGGCAACUCGAGCUCUGAGACUAAACGGUCUGGACUGUGCGCUGGAACUUGAUCUUGGCUCUUCACUGGGAUAUUACGUCUGUGCGCUGACAGUCGCUUUGUGGUGUUGAUUUUGUCACUCUUAAAAACUUCCUGAGAAAAUUGAAGUUAGAGAUGAAAGCCAUAACGAGACGCGUUUUCCGAGGACCAUAUAGCCUGCAGGAAAGUAAUUUGCAUCACAAAAUAUAGACAUUCCAGUGAAAUAAGUAAAGAACUGUUAAACUUUACAACACGUUUUGCUAUAUCAAUCUUUCAAACCCCCCCAAAAAAAACAUGCCCAGCUGAGGAUAAAUGUAAACAUUCCAACUUCAAAAAUUAUGAGAGAAAUACCUCAAAGCGCAAAGUAACUCAAGCAGAUUCCUUGACUCUGCAAAAUGUGAUGAAGACACGAGGAUAAUGAGAAAUACAAGACUUCACAAGACUCCAGAUCAUGUUCAUUAUCCUUUUCAUGAUGGGUAUAUGGGCAGUGUCUGCCGGUGGCGGUUCUGAAGGAGUGAACACCACACGCAUCCCAGCCGACGUCAAAGUCCCUCCGAAUGUCAACCGCGUCAGCCUGGACGAGGUGUCAGCCACCGAGGGCAGAGAGAAGAGAGAGGAGCCAUACUUUGACGCGUCCAUGUCGUCUCUGUACACAGCUUACCUGGGCAAGACCGCCACGCUCACCUGCGUCGUCCACGCGGCCAAGACUGACAAGUCGGUGUCGUGGAUCCGAGGCCGCGACCUGCGCAUCCUGACGGUGGGCGGCUACACGUACACGACGGACCUGCGCUUCGAGGCCCUCCACCAGCAGGCCAGCUCGGAGUGGACGCUCAGGAUCAAGUCGGUGCAGCUGCGCGACCAGGGCGGCUACGAGUGCCAGAUCGCCACCAAGCCCAUCCGGACCUUCAGCGUCUUCCUCAAGUCCCCAGAACCGACGGUGGAGGUGAUCGGGGCCCCCGACAUCUACGUCAACACGGAGAGCAUGAUCAACCUGACGUGCGUCGUGCAUCACGCCCCCUACCCGCCCGAGGCCAUCACCUGGUACCACGGGAAUCAGACGAUCAGCUACACGUCAGACCGAGGCGGGUGGGGCGUUGUGGGGAGGGGGGAAACCACCUCCUUUUCCUCCUCCUUCAAAAAUGCCCGGUCCCCCCGGGUUUCCCCGGAAACCUUCACCUGCCAACCCGAGGGCAUGGAGUCAGCUCAGGUGACCCUUCAUGUGCUUGACGGAGAGCGACCGGCAGCGAUGCAGACCAACUCGAGCAGCAUAAGCACGCCAAGAUUCUCGGCGCUGUUCGUCGUCGUUGUCCUGGCGAGCACCGUCGUUUUAUGAAGCGCUGUUCGGAAAACCUGCGUCUUCGAGUCUGCAAGGCAGUUUACAAAAGACAUUUGUAGAGAGAGACAGAAAAAUAUGGAAAGGAGAUGGAAAGGAGAAACAAAUAUUCUUAGAAAAUAAUGUGUGUUGGAUUAUAAAUGUUCUUUCAGCGAGCAAAAUGUUUUUUUUUUUUUUUACAGUAUUCAUUAGGGUGAAAUGUGCGAUGGGAUUUCUUUCUUGAUUAAAUGUCUGUUAGUGAUUAUAUAGUUGGUGUAAUAAAAAUCUAAUAAUUUGUUACAUGAAUUCUACAUUGAAAAAAAGUAUUUGUUCGACGGUCACAAGGACGGAUAAUGCUAAUUAACAAAUGAUUAU